UUUCCCGCAAAAUUUACCCAAUUUUCUCUCUCUUUUUUUUUUUCCUAAGAUCGGACACAAUUUUCCGCCCAAUAUAUUCUUCAUCGUCAUCAUCAUUGGAUCAAUCCAGGGUACUUAUACAGUGAUCUGAUAUCGAAAGAUACUCUGAAGGGUCGAUUAGGGGAGGUGUACAAAUUAAGCUGUAGUUUGUGGGCUUCUCCACAAAUUUUGUAGAGUGAUCAGUUCAACGGGCAAGGGGGGUCAUGUAUAUAUUUAUCUCAUGAAAUCCUCGAACUUUUGUUGCUCUAAUGAAAUUUUCCUUGAAUCCUAUGGGUGUGGGCUUUUUAUCGAUAUCGGCAGUCUGUACAGCUUUGAGCUUUAUAGGUCUCCAAUACUGGACAGAACUUUCCUAUGUGAAACUAAAGUCAGAUGGUUUGAUGGGUGAAAAUCUUCUUCAACCUGGGGUUGCCAGACGUUUGAUGGAACUAUUGUUGGCUUCUUAUACCACUUUUGCAUUGGUGGUCAAUUUUGUCCUCAACAUAUUUAUACUGAUCGUUUUGUCUCUUAAGACAGUAUUUUUUGUUGAGUUGCAUGCAACCGAGUCUCGGAAGUUGGUGGAGCGGCUUGUUAAUUAUGUUAUCUACAAGGGAACAUUUCUUCCGUUGGUAGUCACACCAACAAUAGUCCAAGCAGGAUUGUGGUCAACAUGGAUGACUGUCCUAUGUUCUUUGAAGAUGUUUCAAGCUUUAGCCAGGGACCGCCUGGAACGGUUAAAUGCAUCUCCUUCUGCAACUCCGUGGACUUACUUUCGUGUAUAUUGUGUUCUAUUACUAGUUAUCAUUGUCGACUCAGUCUGGAUGAGGAUGUGUCUACUGAUAUACCAAAAAAUACCAUCAUCUAUGUUUCUGUUAUUAUUCUUUGAGCCACUGAGUAUUGCUUUUGAAACACUACAGGCCAUUUUGGUUCAUGGAUUUCAAUUGCUUGAUAUAUGGCUUCAUCACUCAGCAGGCAACACUACAAACUCGAAAAUAUCAAAGCUCAUGGAUAUGUCAGCAGCAGGCUCAUUGUGGGAAUGGAAGAGUGUUAUAUUACGGAAUUUUGGUUUUCUUCUAGAUAUUAUGACUUUGUUAAUGGCUCUUGGUCAUUAUGUGUAUAUUUGGCGGCUUCAUGGCAUGACAUUCCAUCUUAUAGAUGCAGUUCUUUUCCUAAACAUACGUGCCUUGUUGAGUGCUGUAGCAAAGCGUAUCAAAGGCUUUAUUAAGUUAAGGAUAGCUUUGGGAACUCUUCAUGGGGCUCUCCCUGAUGCAACAUUGGAAGAAAUACAAGCUUAUGAUGAUGAAUGUGCCAUUUGCCGGGAACCAAUGGCCAAGGCUAAGAAGCUCUCCUGUAAUCAUCUUUUUCAUCUUUCAUGCCUUAGAUCUUGGUUGGACCAAGGAUUAAGUGACAAUUAUUCAUGUCCUACUUGUCGAAAACCUCUCUUCGUUGGCACAUCUGAUGGAAAUGCUGUACCUCAUUCUGGAGACGUUUCAAGUGAUGAACAACUUGCUCGGCAGUUAAGCUCUAGGCUUGAUCUGCAAAAUGUUCCUGGUCAUACCCUCCCAACGGGUGUAAUUGCGAAUCAACUUCAAACCCCUAUGGAACGUGAUGAUUGGAGGGGGUCAGGGCCUGAUGCGGGUUGGUUAGGGUUUGAUGGGGCUGGUCCAUCAUCAGCUAUCAGAUCUGGGGGUUUGGGAAGAGUUCAAAUGAUGAUGAGGCAUCUUGCGGCUGUUGGGGAAACGUAUGCUCAAACUGCCCUUGAAGAUGCUGCAUGGAACCUCUGGCCUAUAAAUUCAUCUCAAGCUAGCACGUCUACUUCAAAUAAUCCUUCUACCAGUUCCAUAAGACAUCGUGGACAUGCUGGUGGCUCACUCGUUAGGACUGCCCCACGUGUUUCAGAUGAUGAUUUAUCACACUUGCUUGCUAUGGCUGAAACUGUUCGUGAAGUGCUUCCUCAUGUCCCUGAUGAAUUAAUUUUGCGGGAUUUACAGCAAACAAAUUCAGUUUCUGUCACGGUGAAUAAUCUUCUUCAAAUGUAACUUUCUAUCUGCCGCUCACUUUUCCAGUGAAGUCAUAUUCUCUCCCUUGUAAUAACCAAAAAAGUGUGGUGCUGAAGAAGGUUCGCUCACAACACCCACACUGUAAGAUUUAUUCUAAGGUUAUAGUUUGUAUAUACAAAGUGUUUACAAAAAAAAGAAUAAGUUAGACAAAAUUUGUUAAAGAAACUGUAGCCCAUGAUAUAUUUGAGCUUUUAUGGGGAAACAAAAGCAAAAUUGUACGAGUAGUUUUUGUUUCA